UCGAGUCCCUCUGCCAUUUGCGCGUCGGUAGGCAGUCGUACUGUUACUCUCUCCGGUUCAAUCGUCGCACAGCCGUCAACCGCUUUCAUAUUAAAAAAUUUGACUGCGAAAACUCACAAGUGCACGUAUUGCGUUAUUAUCGUGUUCUUCCGAUUAAAUUAAUCGCUCAACAAAAAAAUCAACAAUGGCAGACGUCGAAACAAAGGAAACCAAAGUUGUAGCCUCUCCGGAGAAAAAGGUUGUUGAGGAGGAAAAGAAGAAGAACGUCGAGGAGGCGGAAGAGGUUGACGAAGACUCGAGAGCAUCUGAAAACGGUGACUCCAAGGAGGCCAAAGAGAAUGGCUCUGUCGAGGAGAAAGAUGCGGAUGAAAAAGAAGCUGAAUCCACGGAGAACGGUGACUCCACAGACACAGCACCAGUCGAUGCUUGCAGCAUAAAGAGGAAAUCAACAGCGGGUGUUGAGGUGCCUGAGGAGUCUGUGGUGGAUGGUGUGAGUCCGGAGAAGAAAGCAAAACUGGAGGAGAAGCCGGUGGUCGAGGCUGAGAGCAAUGGAGACACGGAAACCGCGGCCUAAUAUAAUCUCAUUUCUUGCCCCUUAACCCUCACUCCUUUUCUGCUCCUAAAUUCCCAGUCCACCCUCUCCAAAACUUGAAACAUAAUAUCCCAGACCCAAUUCUACGAGCAGUUUCACAGUUCAGAGUGCGAAUUCAGACUGCGAAGUUCUCAACUUUCAUCGACAGCGAGAGUCUGAAAAAAAAAUUACUUCAAAAAGAGGAAUGAGCAAAAAAAACGAAUAGACACUCGAGAAAAUAAUCGGAUGAGGGAACAAAGAGCUAUAGAGAGAGAAAGAGAGAAAAAGCUCGAAGAGACGACAGUGACGAGAAUCGCAAAAUGAUUAAUAGUAUUAUAUAAAACAAAAAAACAAAAAAUAUAUUUCAAAUUAGAUUGACAAAGCUCUUAAUUAUUAACUAACCAACGGAAUCUUUGUCGAGCUUAAACUCCUUUCUUUCUCUCUUUCACCAUUAUUUAUCUCUUAAUCCUCGUCUCGUGCUCGCUCACACGUGCUAACCACCCAUAAAACACAUUUACCUGUUACAUUGUUACAAUAAGAAAAAAUAAAAAAAAAAGAAAAAGAAAAAGAAGAAAAAAGAAAACAAACUGAGAUAAAGACGCGAUAUUAUAAGUAUAAUACAUAUAUUUGUAAUUUGGAGAAAUAACCAAGUUCCGAGUGAUUUUUCAUCAUCAUUUUUUUUAUUUUCUUUUUUUUCCAAUGCCUCCUCCGUUGACGUGUUGGAUCUCGUGGACGAUGGAAAACUAUUGAAAAAAAGAAAUAUCAACAAUCGAAUCUCCUCGGUCGCGUUACAGUUUUUUUCUAUUCUUUUGCACAUCUUUUUUCAGUAAAAUAAAAACACCUCGACCUAAGUAGCAGCGCGUUAUCGGCGGCAAAAGCACUUAUUUUUCUUUCUUUUCUUUCUGUGAAGUUUAAGUACAUUCCUGUAUUACGAAAUUUGGCGAUUUCCCCAAAUAUAUCUUUUUACGACGAACAGUUAUGUUGAGAAGAAAAAUUGAUAAAAAGAAAAGCAUUUACAAUAUUUUGUGCAUCGCUGACUGUACGAGAAACACGAUGUAUUACGAAAACAAAAAUCAACACGCUAAAAAUAAGGGAAAACACUGAUUGUAGGUGACGAAACACAAAACUGUAAUAUUCUGGUUCGUCUAUAGGUGUUCUGUGGUUUUCUUUCUUUAUUCGUAUUAUAUAUUUAUCACAUAGAAUCAAUCUUAUUGUAUUUCGGAGAGGAAUGAACGAAGGUACGACCGAAUCUUCAUUACUUAUGGUAGAAUCGAUGUACAGACACUCGUAACAUGGAAAAACAAAGAAAACAUAAAACAUGAUUAAAAAGAAAAACGUAUACGUUUAAUGUAAAAAUUGAUUUUCACAUAAAAUCCUUUGACAGGCACUUGGCGUUGAAUACUUGAAUUUAUUGGUGAACAAUAUUAUUUAUUUCAACACCUUUCACGUGGAUCUCGAAGGAGACUGCCCUCUUCAUUUUCAAUCUCCAAUCUUGUUCAUUUUACUUUGAUUUUUUUUUUUCUAUUUUAACGACAUUCAAACAGUGCAAUUCGCAGCUGAGCAUCCAAAUGAAUACUACUAAACUCAAUAUUUUCUGAUUUGUGACGUGCUAUUUAAGAGAUUAUUACAGGAACGUAAUUUAAAUUGAAUUAUUAAUAAACGAAAACGAGAAACUUA